UUACGGGGGAACUCGGUAACACUUGCGGAUCUUCCAUAGAUAAACUCGAUCAAAGUCUUGCUCGCGUCAAUGAGCGAGUUAGAGAUAGAGGGCGAGAAACCCUAGUUAUCACUCUCUAUGCUCUACUCAAAACCCUUCGCUUCUCUCUCCCUUUCUUUCCUUUAGCUCUCUAUCAUCGCGAUCUAGUGUUUUCACGGUCUCUUGUUCUAGUUCGUUGUUAAGAAUGAUUGCUGCUGAAACUGUAAUAGCAAAGAAGUUAAAAAUAAAGUUUUCUACCCAAAGAACAGAAGCUGUUUCUGGGAUAAAGACAUGUGAAUCUGGGCGUAAUGCGGACAAGAAUUAUGGUUCCAGGGCCUGUGACACCCAGAGUACAAGGUUGAAGCCUGUGGUGCCUGGGGCUAAUAAGCGUGGCCCAUCAUGCAUGGUAGAGGGUCAACCAGAGAAGAAGCGGAAGAUGGAUCGCAGUGUCACCCAUCAGUGUUUUUCCCUUUUAAAAUCUCUUAUAAAUAAUCCAUCUGGCUGGGCUUUUAGGGAACCGGUGGAUCCAGUGGCACUGAAUAUUCCCGACUAUUUUUCAAUUAUAUCAAAUCCUAUGGAUUUAGGGACAAUAAAAUCAAAGCUGGAAAAGAAUCAGUAUUCUGGAGCUGAAGAGUUCGCAGCUGAUGUCAGACUGACUUUCUCAAAUGCUAUGCUAUAUAAUCCUCCAACAAAUUAUGUUCACCAAAUGGCAGAGUCAAUGAAUAAGAUUUUUGAGACAAAAUGGAAGUCCCUGGAGGGAAAAUGGAAAUGCCAAAGGUCUAAGUCUGGUGAUGGAAAAAUUUUGAGUGGGAAGCCAAAGGAAAUUAGUGGUACAAGGCAGAAUUGUCCUGAAACACCCCCUUUGCGCAACUCUGGUUUACCCAAGAAGUCAAAACUAUCUGAAAAUGAGACAAUGAGGAGUUCUUUAAAUGCAAGAGCUGCAGAAGUAAAGCUUUCUAAACCAAUGGAAAUACACAGGGCAUUACACCAAAAUUCUUACAAAGGCACUAGUAGCGGCAGAAAUGUUUGUUGCUCUAUCAGUGUUAAGCCAUCAUUGAGCCCAGUGGUUAAUGAAUGUGGUGCAAGUGGUCGGAGUGCUUCUCAAUGUUGCUUUCCAAGUGAUUCAACCCAUGCUUCCUCCGAUAUAUCUUCUGAGAGGUCAUCAGGCAGAGAUGAUAAUGCAUGUGGCACUGAUGUCGCGAAACUGGGUAUUAAGCGUGAAAGCAUGUCAACUUCACAAAUGAGCAAGUCAGAUCCGGAUUCUGAUGGGGCUGUAAGUGCUUUGGAUGAUGAAAAUGCAUGCCUGAGCUCUCAGCGUAUGACUUCUGCAACUGAUGUAACAUCUGGAGAAGGACUGGGACCUCCUAUUUAUGAUGUACAACUGUCUCCAACAAAGGCCCUUCGUGCUGCAAUAGUAAGGCACCGGUUUGCAGAGACUAUCUUAAAAGCACAGCAUAAGACACUACUAGAUCAUGGUGAUAAGGGUGAUCCAGUGAAGAUGCAGCAGGAGAAGGAAAGGUUGGAAAGGAGGCAGCGUGAAGAGAAGGCUUGGAUUGAAGCUCAAAUCAGAGCCGCUGAAGCUGCCUCACGAAUGAGGGAAGAAAUUGAAUUGAAAAAACAAAGGGAGAAAGAAAGAGAAGCUGCUCGAAUUGCAUUGCAGAAGAUGGAAAAAACUGCUGAUAUUGAGCAGAACCUGGAGAUUCUGAAAGAACUCGAGAAGCUUAGUGGAGGUUCCCUUUCCUAUCAUUUUCGCAUUGGCAGUAAACGGGUGACAAACGGAGAGAUGGAAGCAGCUUACACUGGGAGCCCGCUGGAGCGAUUGGGUUUGUUCAUAAAGGAUGAUAUUUGGGAUGAGGAUGAGAUGGUAGUAAAUGGAGACGAAGAGGAAGGAGAAAUAUUUCCAUGAAUAUUUGAAUCUUUAAUAAGAACUUCUAUUUUCCUUUUUCUUUUCCUGUCUGUUAAAAGGUUGGCAGUGAGAGGGGAAAGAGAAACAUUAUUUGUAAAUGAGUAUGUUUUUGUAGGAAAGGGUGGGGGUGAGGGUGACUUUGUAAUUAACACCAGUAUUUAUAGGAUGAAUAUAAAAUAGUUAAAUCGUUGACUUUCUAAA